CGUCACAGAGAGCUAAGAGUUUCUACCCAGAUGUCAGUGCGUGUCGAGAGCCAGAUCCCGUACAAUGUAUGGACGUCCGCCAUUCUGGUGGCACGGUGUACGACCCUCUGCUGGUACAAGUCACCUGAAAUAGGCGUUUUUGGCCGGCCCCAUGCAGUUCUCUCCACAACAAAUAAAAGAGAAACUUCUAAAGGCACUUGAUGAGCAGAAUAAUGUGCUUGAUGUUAAAAGCGUGUUGGAGGUCAUCUCCAUCUUGGAGAGCUACCCCAUUACAAAGGAAGCAUUGGAGCAAACAAGAAUUGGAAAGUUUGUCAAUGAACUACGAAAGAAGACUGACAAUGAACAGUUGGCCAAGCGAGCAAAGCGAUUGGUUCGCAGUUGGCAGAAGCUUGUUAAUGCUGGAGAUAGUGAGAGUGGGUCUGUUAAUGGAGAACGGGUAGAGUUGGUGUCGCAGCACCCCGCUGUGGCUGCCCUGCAGGGGACAGGUAGGAUUGGGUUGUGCCCUGGUAGUCCCUGUUCUCCACUACCAAAUAGAACAAGUUCGCCAGCUCAUGGGAGAAGGAUGAACAUGUCACCGGGACUACCUGGAAUGCGAUGUUCCACACCAAAUAUUCAGUCAUCUCGUCUUAGCCCAGGGGCAAGUCGGUCUCCUCUAGUACAUGGAGUGAAACCUGGCACUCCAAAGCUGCAGUCGUUCAGAGAUGGUCUGGCAUCAGUACCACCACCAAAUGCAGGGAGUAAGUCUGCAGUGCCACAGCUUAGUCCUCUCGUGACACCGUCUGUUGUGCAAUCUGUGACUCAUUCAAGAAAUGGCAGUCCUAUUGUCAGACAUUGUGUGGUCCCAUCUCAGAUGUCGAGUAGUAGUCCUAUAAACAGGGAGCCUGUGACAUCAUCAUCAUCAUCAUUACCAACGGCAUCACCAACUCUCUCAGAGAAGAGCUUUAAUUCCAAAAGGGCAAGUACAGUCACUCACAAUGAUUCUUGUGUUGGAAGUUCUAGAUCUCAUUCGCCUAAACCUGGCCGUCCAUCCACUCCAAAGAGUCGGAGUAAAACCAAGUCACCUUCUGCUGGUAGUCCCAUAGUGUCUGGGAAUGAGGAUUCCAAUUCCAGCUGGACUAGUGAGGGCAGUAGAGGUAGAAACCUUAAAUCCGAUGUUCAUUGUCAUUCUACAAUUAAUAACGACAAUUCUUGCUUGCAGUUCUCCCAUAACAGUAAUCAUUCUACCAAAAAGGUAAAGGAAAAUCAUUCCAAAGCAUUUCUUUCAAAAUCAAGUGAUAAUUGCUCAAGAAAAGAUCAAAAUGACACUUCUAAAACAUAUGUUGCCAAUAGAAAAAGGAUACGUGCCGAAAAUUCUGAUUCUUUCCCACCAUUAAAACAUUUGAAAGCUGACAAAAAAUCAGCAGGUCUUUCAAAACGCAAUAAGAGUGAUUCUUCUGUUGUUAAUGGAGCUGUGAAAUCUUGUAAGAAUCGUCAUGGUGAUAAAUUACUUUCUUCUUCUAGUUCUGCUAGUGCUAAAGAGUCCCACUCGGAUUUGCCAUCGUCCGAGAUGGACCACAGUGUUGAUUCUUUGAAGAAGAGCCCCAAAACUGAUGUUUUAAAAUCUUUCAGAACUCCCAAAGUGAAAACCACUGCUCAGUUGAUAGCAGAAUUGCAACAAAAGACCGGUUCUUCAAAUAUAGGAAAUGACCUAAUGCAAAAACUGAAUAAGAAUGAAAUUAUAAAGGAGGUCGACGUGCAACAGUUCGUGUUGCCUCCAGGCGUUGGCCCAAAGCGACGCAAAAAAGCUGGGGACAACCUAAAUUUACAAAACAUGCCAUCAUCUAGUAUUUCACUUAGCAGGACAAAGACUGAACUAGUGGAGAAGUUCCUAGAAACGUCAGUCAGGUCAUCGCCUGUGGAAGAUGUUUGUAGCUACAAGGACGAUGGCGCAGUGGGUUGUGAAUCUUCAUUAGACUCGUCUCAUGGCAUGAACGAGACCAUUGUUCAUUCACAAAUACAGUUUGAAAAGCACAAGCAGUCAGAAGCUGGACCAGACUCUGCCGACUCGGCUCCACCAGUCCUUAGUGAACAACAAAUAUAUGAGCUACUUCCACCCUUGGAUCCCGACAGUAUUGACUGGGGGAGUUGUGACUACGACCCUCCAGAGCCAUACGAGGUGACCGAUGAUCACGUCCUGAGGCUUCACAACGAUCCUUGGGCCGGCGUCAACGGUUGUUUCGAUCAUGGCGAUGAGUGGCAUGACUGGACCGAGAUGUUGUCUGUGCCAACAGUUGAUGGUGAAUACCUGCACAUCUUGCCCUAUGUGAACACGGACGACUGAUAUCUGUUCUUAGUUACAUACAUACAUACAUGUGUAUCCUCAUCUUAUCAUCCUUACACAGAGGUUGCUUAGGUUAUGAAGGAAUGGUUGUUUCAAAAAUAAUCAGAAUAAGUGUGUGUGACAACUGUUAUUGUUUUGAUGCUUAGAAGUGUGUGCUUUUGUCUGGUAGCUGUGUCUGUAGCUUUGUUUGGUUUGGGUUUAUAAUUUAUUUUUUCGUCGCCGAGUUCAGAUUAGUACAACAGAAUGUCUAUCAUGUAAUUAUAUUUAUGUGGAAAUUGUGUGCCUACGUAAUGCUUCCAGAGUCUUGAAUUGAUCUGCAGCCAAUGGGGUUUGAUUGAAGGCAGAACUGUUAGGCUGAGGCAUGGGAUGUGGUUGACCUUCUUUAUUUCAACAUAAUAUCAAAAACCUAGUAUCACAUAAUAUAUAUUACACAGAGUUGGUUCGACUCGUUGCUAAGAUGGUUGAUCUAGCUGUAUAAAAUCAGUGCGGUAAUGACUGUCAAAUAUUGAUUGUAAAAAAAAAAAAGAGGAAGGGGGGGGGGGGGGGAUCUUAUUUUAAAACAAUUUGAUCAAAAAUUACAUUUCAUGUUUUGUUAGCUGUUCUUUCCAAACCAAGUAAUAAUUUUGAUUAAAUAUAUUCUAGACUGAAGCUAAAUGGGCCGAUUUGAUUUGCAUUUACUUAUUUACUAGUCAUCUGCAUGUAUGAUCUCAAUGUUUAUUCAGAAUGACAGAAAAAUUAUGUAGGUACUAAUUAAUGAUAUUUUGAAAACUAAUGGUAUUUAAAUGCUUUUAAUUCCAGACUAUUUCUGUAUGUAAAAUAUAAGCAUUAAUCUAGCCUGUGUAACAGAUAAAUCGACCUUGACCAAGAUGAUUCGGAACCUCGAAACACCUGUACAGACUGAGCUCCCUGUAAUAGAAAAAAAAAAUUCCACUGGCUGCCAUCCAUUGGAGCAUUACAAAUGUUACUGCAAAUUAAAGUUACAACCUGGAACUAAGAGAAAAUAGACCUGGGCCCGUGGUUAUAAAAGUUUUGAAGUCCAAACUCAAUCUCUAAUGACGUCACGUGCAUACAGUUUGUAUGGCUUAGCCAAGACAUUAUUGUCUCAGACUCAAGUAGACUCUAAACGUUUUAUAAGCACCAGGCCAGGAUUUAAAUAUUUAAGUUGGAUAAAAGAAACUUUGUUCCAGUUAGUGAUGUUCCAAUAAUCGAUUAUAAUUGAAAAGUAAUCAGUUGAGCUCUAUAGAUGUAAGGAUUGAUUGUAAAAAUCUGUAAUUGAUUGUUAUCUAAUUGUUUCUAUUGUUUAGGUGAUGGAAUUGCUAUAAAUAUGGUGGGAUUUGUUUGUUUUCAUAUGUUCUAUUUAACAACACCCUCAACACAUUUUAAUUAUGGUUAUAUGGUGGUAGACAAAUUGUUACAGACCACACAAACAAUGAGAGGAAACUCACUGCCACAACACAAUCAUGGGCUACUCUUUCCGAUUGCCAACAAAGGAUCUUUUAUAUGCAGUAGAGUACAUACCAUGGCCUUUGUUACACCAGUUGUGGAGCACUGGCUAGUAAUGACGUACAUAAAGAAUACUUGACACUGAAUAGGUAUUAACAGUAACAUGAGUGAUAACACGGCAAUAGGUGCAUGAUUCUUAUAAUUUAAAUCCUUGCGUUCAUAUAAUUCUAACCAAUGUAUCAUUAAAAGUUAUGUUGGUGCAAACCAAUUAUAACCAAUAAUCAGUGAUGAACUUUCAACCAAUUCCCAACACUAGUAGAGUUACUGGUUUUGGUCAAUCAUUACAUAAGGAAACUAGCCAAAAUUUCUUAAACACCCUAGAAACAUUGUGUUACCCACAUUUUCAUGAACAUACAAACUAUAUUUGAGUUUCUUUUAUACCCCCUUCACCCUUCUAAAAGCAUACAUCAAAAUUGUACUUGAGCGAAUGAAAUCAUUCUUGCAAUUUUCAGAGGCAUGUUUAUACCUGCUAAAUGAAGUAUUGAUGGAUAAAUAAAGAUGUGACUGAGUUUUGGUGAUCGGCAUACAUUCCUAUAUUCAGGAGUUGAAAUCAGUAAUGGACAUGGCAAUCUCUGUAUUCUUCAAAUAAAGCAUAUGUUGGAUGUUUCUGCAAAUGCUGACUAUGUAAACUAUAUACUGCUGUACUUCAAUUUUAUUUUAUUUUUUUAUUAUUUUUAUUAUUAUUUUUUCAAAUCAUUUAAUUGCCAACAAUUCCUAGAGUAAGUAGAUAAAUAUAAUUUAUUAUCCCAACAGGCACUCGUGACCAAGGAAGUAAAAGUCAUAAAUUCUCACUGAGAAAUUAUCAUGCAUGGAUGAAAUGUACAAAAUUAUUGGAUGAUUUGUUUACGCCCUUGCAUGUAAUACUAAAUAUUAGUAUAGGAAAUAUUACAUGAUUAAGGAAUGUUUUAAAAUGUAUUGAUUGAAAAAAAUCUGCCCUGGUUUUUAAAAUAUCCUGUAUAAAAUGGACAUGUACCUCUCUCCAAGUUCAGCACUAAAUCUGAUUACUGGUGACAUUUGCCAUCAUGUGGUGUAUUUAAUGCAAGUGACCAAUUUCGUCUUAUCCAUUGUUAAAAUAUCUGUAUUGUUUUAAGCUUAUAAUUCGUACAAUGAACUUGGUGCAUUUACAUCGUAAUGUGUAACAUCGUCUCAAGUCUUUUUGUGCACUUGGCAUAAUUGUAUAUACUGGAGGUUUUUUUUUUAAUACAUACAUGUAUAAAAUGAUAAAUUUUAAUAUUUAAAUAUAUUUUGCAUCCUCAAAGAUUACAUUAAGUAUUAAAUGGAGAAGACUUUGGCAAUGAAAAUUGCCUUUUUUACAAUAUCUAUUGGUAGUAAUGUACUUCAUUGUGAUUUAUUGAAAUAAGCAACAUACUGAGUUUGUAGUCAUUUUAAAAGGUUUUCGGCAAAUGAAUAAAUUCCUACAUUUUCUUAACCUAGAAUAUGAAUAUCUCUAUAACAAAAGCAUUUCUGGACAUCGUAGUGUUUUGUAGUGUUUCAAUAUUGAUUUUUGUCUAAAAAUAAUUUCUUUCAACUUCCAAAUUAAUUUUGAAAUACUUCUGCUGAAGAUCAUCCCUAAAUGUAUUUAUUCAUAUAGUGCUUUAUAUUUAAAACGUGUUUAGGUAAGAUAGUGUUUGAAAAAAGCUAACAGGAUGUGUUUUUAUAUGGUUGGGUGGGGUGGGGGACAAACAAAUAUCUUAUUUCAUAAAAACUGGUUAUUUAGUGGCUAUUGAUGAGUAUCCAAAUAUGGCGACAUAAGACAGGUGGCUUCAUGUCUUUCAUUCUUAUAAAAAGAUUAUUAAUAAAUCAAUGUGCUCUAGUGGUGUCGUUAAACAAAACAAACUUCUUAUACAAAGGCAUAAUGAAAUAAUUCAGUGUAUUAGUCUUAAGUUUUGUGUAGUCUAAUUAUGGAUAGUACAUUUACUAAAGUAAAUCAAAACCAGAAUUUAUUUUUAUUUUUUUAUUUAUUUAAUCUUUGAACAGUGCUUCCCAGUGUGCUUCUUGUUUAAUGUUUACAAAUGUAUACUGUAGAAGUUGUGGAUAUAUUUUUCUGUGUAUGGUACCCUUUUAAGGAUUUUUUUUUCUUUAUUAAACUCUAGAUUUAAUGGAAAUGAGGAAUAAAUAACUAGCACCAAACUAAAUUCCUAAAUUAUUCAUAUUUUGAAAAUAUUACUGUGAGCGUAAUUUUACUAAAUCAGUAAUUGCAUUAUCCUUUAUAUACAGUCUUCUACAUUGGUUAGUGAUAAGGUAUGUGAAAGAAACUGUUAGCAUAUCAGUCUGAGUGAGUUUGAAAUUAAUUUGGUUUGUUAUUGGCCUGCAUGCCUUGCAUAAUAUGAAUCGGUAGAAUGUUAACUGUGGGGUGGGUGGGUGUUUUAUGUAUGAUCAUAUUUCCACUUGUUUCUUGGCUCCUAUGUUCAUAGAUUUGAUUUUGCUCCAUUAUUAUAUUUAUCAACUUAAGUUUUGGGGUUUUUCCUGUCAUUGUUUGGAUGUGUUUUCUCAAAUUGUCUUCAACUCAGAAUGCUGUAAUGGGUGGCUUAAGUUUUUACAUGUAGUAUGGCUUUCACCAAUUGAUUAUUCACACGUCCAGCCUCUUUAAUGGUCAUGGUCUUUUAGAACGAAGAUCAAACCACCUCAGUGGAUCCAUUCAACUGAUUGGGUUUUUUCUCAUUCCAACCAGUGAACCACAUCUGGUCAAUGCCCAUAGUAUGUGGGGAAAGUGCAUAUAGAUCCCUUUGCUACCAAUGCCAAAAUGUAGUGGGUUGACUAUGUCGGAAUUACUGUGUUUGACAUCUAAUAGCCGGUGGUUAAUUAAUCAAUGUGCUCUAGUGGUGUCAUUAAACAAAACAAACUUUAAACUUUAUAUUGUCACCAAGUAAAUUUUUGCAGUAUAAGGCCCUAUAUACAUGUGAUGUCCAUACAAGGUAGAUAUUUGGUAACAAUAGGAAAGUGCACAUUUGUGACAGUUUUGAUCGAAUUUUGAACUGGUCUGUAAAAAACAUUGGUCAUUAAGUAAUUAUAUAACAUACUUACCACCGAGUGGGAUUAAGGAAUGCAUUACAAAAUGUUGUAGAAUGUGUAGUGAUGGUGGAGACAAUGGAUUGUUUAUUGAAAUGUCUUAGGGCUUGACCUUUACUUUUUUCAGUGGUAGACCACUGGGCUACCAGGUUAUAAAAUCUGGUAGCCCUCAGUAAAAAUUGGUAAGCCCCAUAAUUUUAAUAAAUUGAAGAAAAAAAGAGUGAAAAUGCAAAAUCAUUUACUUUUAUUUAAACGUGUUGUUUAAGUGGGGUUUUUAAGUGUUUAAGCAUCUUGUUGAUUGCGGAGUAACUGGAUGUGCAAAAAAAUAAAUCUAGUAGCCCGGCAGACUACUGGGUUUAGACAUCUGGUAGCCCGAACAACAAAUGGGUAGCUAAAACACUCUGGGCUACUGCUAAGGUCAAGUCUAGCAUUUAUGUUAACUGAUUGAUUUUUUUUUUCUCUAUCCAGUAUAUAACAUGGAGGCCAUUAUCACUCUAUUAUUAUAAUAUACAUGAUGGGGUUUUUUUUGGGGGGGUGGGGGGUUAUACUCUAUAAUAGACUUCUUAUAAAGAUGAUAGCUGUGGUGUAUGACGUCAUGGAAGGACGGGACUUCCAAGCUAGUAGUCUGGAAUAAAAAUAUAGUAAGCAAUUGAAACAUGUCUUCAUUUUGAUUUACAAUCACAAAAAUUCUACAUCAACAAAGUGCCACAUGUAAACUUUAUAUUGGCACCAAAAUGCAUAUAUAAUUUUUUUUAAAUUUAUUUCUUAAAUAGGUGGCAUAGGUCUGUGGAAGGUAGAUUUGUUUGUGAACAUUUUCAUGUUUGUUAAACUCUUGUAAAAAUUCAAAGCUUUGAUGUUUAACUGUCGAAUACCAUUCAUUCCUUAAUGAUGCUACAUUAAAUUUACAUACAUGUGUGGGAUGAGCCAUUCUUAUGCAGUGUUCUUGCUGGUAAUAAAUGGGGAGGGGGUGCUUAAUUGAAAAAAAAAUGAGAAAAAAAAAAUCAUUUACUUUUAUUUAAACAUGUUUAAGUGGGUUUUUUAAGUGUUUAAGCAUCUUGUUGAUUGUGAAGUAACUGGGUUUAAACUCUUGUAAAAAUUCAAAGCUUUGAUGCUCAACUGUCAAAUACCAUUCUUAUGCGUUGUUCUUGCUGGUAAUAAAUGGGAAGGGGGUGCUCUGUCGCCAUUUUUUGUUGCCCUACCUGUUAUGACUGUCUGUCCUAGCUCAAUGCAGAAGGAAAAAACAUGAGGAUAUUGUAAAGGACAUAUUUUUCUGUCAUUAGUGGGACCGCGUUUCCAACUACUUAACAAUGCAUCAUUAAGGUUACAUUAGGCGUGAAAGCCCACCAUUGGCACCGUGACAUGAUUGUGUUUUUCUUUUGUUAGUCAUGAUUUAUCUACAGUAGUUCUCCUAAACAACUUGAUUGGGCAGUCAAAAAACAAACACAAAAAAAAAACCCAACCAAAACCCCACACGUGCUAAAUAAUUAAAUCUCAGUAGACGGUAAUUUGUAGAUGGUAAUUCCAACAUCUUAACAGCUUUUUUCUUUUUCCUUUUUCUAUUAGGUGAACAAUUAACAACACUUGAUAAAAGGACUACCUAUAGUGAUUUUCACUGGUAUAACAGGUCAUUAUAAAGACAUACACUCCUUUAUAUGUAGGUAUAAAUGUGUAAUUUAAUUAUAGUCUGACUGCAAAAGCUUGUUAAUGAAAUCAUGUUAAUGAAAUCAAUCUCAACCUUAUCUUUAGCCCUUUCAGACUUGUUAACCCAUUUACUUCAAAGUGCCCCAGGAAUUGAUAUAUUUGACAGUUAAACAAAGGAUAAAUUUACAGAUGGUUAUUUGAUGAUAAUUUAUUUAUUAUUCACUGGUUCAAGCAUAUUUGUACACAUAAAUAAAAUUUCUAUGAGAAGUAGCUCAUUAUUAUACAUAUAUACAGGUAUAUUAAAAAAAAUUCACUGGUUAUAAAACCAUAUCAAAUUUCUAUAAAAAUGUGUAAAUGAAUAAACCCAUUUAGAAAAUCUCUCCGACCACGUGCAAAUCUCGAAAGUGGUAUGCCAUCUUGAAUUCGCGGUAGUGGAAUUCCAUUGGAAUUAUCACUCACAUUCCGAUUAAACAUCACUAUCGCAGUCAUUUUCCUUGAAGGUUGUAUUAUUGAAAAUGGAUGUCGCCAUUGCAGUUAACAGAACAGUUAUACCAAAUAGGCUGAAAAGUUUUGAAUAAGUGAACACAUUCUCACAGCAAACCAUGUAACACUUCUACAGGAUGUUGUUGUUGGCACUGCCUCUAUUGUGCAUGUCAGCCUGUGACGAAUAUUGGUGGUAAAUACAAACUGAAAACACACAAUGGGAUUUCCCGUUCUGUAGUCUGAACAGUGAUUUUUUUUUUUAAUGGGAUUUCCCGUUCCAUAGUCAGAAAGGGUUAAUAGACGCCGUAUUUAAUGUGUAUGUGUUUUAUUUUUAUUUAUUAUUUAGUUUGUUUCUGUUAAGGAAGAUAGAUGGUUGUAAUUUAUAGUAUAUAUAUUAUCUUCAAAACAAAAACCACAAUCAAUUAUGCAAACUUGUGAAUAAUAAAUUUGGUUUAGAUUUGUUUUUCUCUCAAAACUUUUUGGAACAAAUUGUCAGUAUCUAGCAAUGAUGCAAAAAAAUAUGAAGUUCUCGUUAAAAGUCAAAGCUCUCCUGUUUAGAACACUUGUAUAGCAGGAAAACCUCUUUUUUUUCACAGAAAAAGGGUGUAGGAGAAUCAUAAUAAAAAAGACUACAUCAAAUCGGACAUAACUGUAGAGGAUUUUGAUGUUUGAUAUCAGUCAGACAUACUAAGUUGUCCUAACUUUUGCCUGGUCACGUAUCCUAUAGGAGGAAUGUAAUUUUUGUGGUUUUUCCCCUAUUUUAGCUGCUGUUGCUUUUGUUUUGCUUGCUUGUUUGUGGUUUUGCUUUUAAUUUUUUAAUUUUUUUUUGCUUUAAAAACCCCCAAUAAAUUGCUUAACAAGGGAGGCUGGAUUUAUUUGAAAUGCAGAUAAAAUAGUGUUACUUAAGUAUGUUGAAAGCUUCAUCGUUAAUAUUUAUAUAGGUAUCUCAUCCCUGCUGUAGAUUUUGUGUGGUUCAAAAUGGAAAUUUCAGAACAAGGAUUUGAGUGGAAAAUUCUUUGCAAAUAGCAACUGGUUAUACAAAACUAAUGGUGAUUCAGUUUAGUGCAGAUUGUAUAUCUGUGUUUUUAAUCCCAGGUCUGUUGGUUGUGAAAAGCAGUUUACUUCUUUUCUUUUUCAAUCAUUUCCUUCAGAUUUUAUUUUGAUCUUUUGAAGUAUAACCACUUCUAUGUAGCAUGUUAAUUUAUAAGAGCAAAAAUGGAAACACUGCUUGUGUCGAUGUAUUUGUAAUAAUCAUAUAACCAUUUUAUUAUUAUUAUUAUUAUUAUUUUUGCAUUUAAUGUAUGCAGAUGUCUGAAUGUGGUUUGGUGAAAAACAUUGUGUAUGUGUCGAUGUAAAUUUUUAAUGUUUGCAAUACAUGUACAAUAAUAUGUCACAUGUAGGUGAUGAUUAUUAUUUAAAUGGCACAAAACUGCAUUGGCAACAGUUGUCUUGCUGACCUCUGUGUAAGGGUAGCUACCUUGUGAUAUAUAUUGUCAAUAGGAAGGAGGAUAUGUGGGUAAGAAUUCUCGUCAUAUUAUAUAGAGAUUUGGGUUUGACCGUGACAUGUUGAAAUGUCUUCUCUUUUUUUUUCUUUUUGUAUAUUGCUGUAUUCCAAUGUAUAUACAAAAUUCAGUUGCUUACAUUUGGUCAGAGUGUACAAAGUACAUUAAACAUUACACUAAACAUGUUGGAAAUCAUUAAUCUUUAUAAAUGUUGACCAUUUGUGAAGUAAUACACUGUUUUUGUUUUGUUCUUGUUCUGGCAAGGACAUUAAAGGUAUUAUUACUGAUUUUCA